AUGUGCACUCGGGUGACUGGCGUUGGUGACACUGACCAUAUAAGAAGGUUCAGUGUUGAGAAAGUUUUGUCAUUUGGUGAAUUGGAGGUGGCGAAAUUUGUUGGUGUUGGAAUAACGAUAAGCACUCAGAAUGAAUAAAUUUGUAGUUUUGUCAAUUUUCGGAGUGCUAUCCAUUGCUCUGGCAGCCCCACUCGGACCACCGGAAGAUAACGAGCCAGAGACGACGCUGCUGGGUAAACGGCAAGGAGAACUUGACACUGCGGGUACUUUUGGCGUCAACGUGUACACGAAUCCGUACGGAGGGGGAUUAUAUGGGGCGAGUGCAGGCAUUAUGAGCCCCUACGGUAUCGGAGGGUACGGUGGGGGGUACGGCCUUAGCGGCCUUGGCGGUGUGGGGGAGGGUACGGCCUUAGCGGCCUUGGCGGUGUGGGGGGAGGGUACGGCCUUAGCGGCCUUGGCGGUGUGGGGGGAGGGUACGGCCUUAGCGGCCUUGGCGGUGUGGGGGGAGGGUACGGCCUUAGCGGCCUUGGCGGUGUGGGGGGAGGGUACGGCCUUAGCGGCCUUGGCGGUGUGGGGGGAGGGUACGGCCUUAGCGGCCUGAGUGGCUUUGGGGGAGGACUUGGUGGUUAUUCGUAAGUCAGCUCUAUUUAAUUCCAUCCAUUUUUUUCGAAACUGUGUAAAAAGAAAUCCAAACUUGUGUAAUAAUACGAUCAAAUCGAGACCCGAAUUAAUUAAAUAAAGUCACGUGUGCAACCCAUAAAUAAACAGAGACGGAGGUGGCAAGUCGCAUUUGAAAAUGAAAUUGAUGAGGUUUCUACAAAGCUUGUCCGCCGCGGCUGGCAUGGGGGUCAUGGGCGGAGGUGAUCAAUUUAGUGGUGGGCAAUUUUUAGGACCCGCAAGACUCACGCCUAACGGAAUUGGGCUACAAUAGUAAGUGUUGUAGAAAUCAAAAUCAUGGAAAAAAUUCCUCCUUCUGCCAACGCUGUUUACUUUUUGUUAAGAAAAAAUCUCGCAUAAUACUCAGAAAAUUAAUUAGUAUGUAACAGUAACCACUAAAACCUCGCCGUCUUCCGCCUAUUUUCAUGUCUGUCUGGUAAAAUAACUUCUACACGGAGCGCACACAUCAUUAAAUAUUAAGCACACAUAUGUACGUACAACCCCCUUGGUAAACCUUUACUGUUUAACCAGUUAAAUAAAUUAGUAAACACAAAUUUUCCAAUCCAAGCUUUCUCCAUUUUUUAACAAAAUAUGAUCCCAACCACGUUUCAGCCCGUACGGAGCUGGCGUCCUUACCGGUAAUCAGUAUGGUUUCGGAUUUGGAAAUCAAUUCGGAAUCGCUGGAGCUGGCCUUGUCGGGUAACCAACUCGGCGGGGGUGGUGUUCGCCUGGGCGGAGGUGGGCUGGGGGGAAUUGCCAUGGGGGGCUAUUUUCCCAUGUCACCACUCGGUCUUGGUCUUGGCUUCGGACAAGCAUCACCCAUUCUUGAUGUGACGAAACGACGAAUUGUAGACUCUUUUGGACGAUAUGUCGCCCAGCGUAUUCCAUCAUUGCUGGACCGUGUCUUUGUCAGAGGCAUGGAUGAUGAUGACGAUGACGAUUAUUAUGACGACUGACCCGUGUAAAAAUUGGUUCAAAUUGUUUUUUUAAUUUUUAGUAAAUUAUUAUUGUUGACACAUUUUACCUACAUGAAUAAAUAGCCUUUUUCGUACGUCUCUUACUA